AUGCCUAGAAAGAAGUCUGCUUCCAAGAGAGCUAAGGAAGCUCAAGACAAGGAAAUUUCAAACGAGAAUGCCCCAGAAGAAACCAAAACCAGAAUCGAAGAGCCUGAACCUUCCGAUGAUGAAUCUUCCAGUAGUGAGGAAGAAGAUGAAUAUGGGGACUUAUUGGAUAACGAAACCGAUAACCAAAUCAAUCGAGUUUUGGAUGCCUUGAAGUCUAAUGACUCGCUGUUAAAGAACAAAGAUGUGAAAUUUUUCGAUGAGCCUGAAGAAGCGGUCAAGAAAUUGGAAAAAAGUGGUACUGCUGAAAAGAACCGUCCAAUGUAUUUGCACGAUUAUCAUAGAAUUAAUUUAUUGAACGGCGGGGGUCUUGCGGACGAUGAUGAGGAACAAAAUGAUGAAGGUCUCAAGACUUAUGCAGAACAACAAAAGGAAGAUAAAGACCAAUUGCUUUCGGAAAUCAAAAACGCAUUUGGCGAUGAUGGGGGCAAUGAAAAUAACAGCAAUGGAGAUGAUGAUGAUGAUGACGACGACGAUGAUGAUUUCCUUAAGAAGAAAGAAAGAAAGAGAGAACCAAUAGUUGAAGCUCAAUUGCCAAAUCCUGAAGAAGAUCAAGAAAAGUUUUUAUCAGAAUUUUUGAACCAACAUGCCUGGAUUCCAAGAUCGAAAAAUGAUACCGAAAAUUUGGACUUGGGAACUGAAGAUCAGGAUGCUCUUAGGGCCGAGGAAGAGUUUGAUGAUGCAGUUGAAAAUUUUGAAAGAGUGUAUAACUUCAGAUAUGAGGAUUCCACUUCUGCGGAAAUUAUUUCGUAUGCCAGAAGUCAAGCCACAAUGAGAAGAUCGAAAAUGAAUUCCAGAAAGAAACAAAGAGUCAAGAAGCAGGAGAAGAUUAAAGAAAAGAAAGAAAAGCACGAGCAAAACCUUAAAAAGAAGAAACAAGAUAAAAUCAAUAAAGUCAUGGAUAGAUUGGCGGAAAUUAAGAAGGCCGUUGGUGAAGAUGUUGACACUGAAUUGGUUCAAAAGGUCUUUGGUGAAAGUUUAUUGAAUGAUGACUUUGACGAUGGAGAGUGGGAUAAUAAGAUGAAUCAAAUUUUCGAUGAAAAGUACUAUAAUGCUGAAGAGAAGCCGCAAUGGGAUGACGAUGAUGAAAUUAUGCAAGAAUUUUAUGAUGAGAAGAAAAACAAGAAUGACGACGAUGAUGAUGAUCAAGAAGAUGAAGAAGCUGAAGCUGAAGAGACACAAGCUAAUACUGAAGAACAACAAGAUGAAGCUGAAGAAGUUGAAGAAGAUGCCCCACCAAAAAAGAAGUCGAAGAAGGAAAAAUUGGCGGAAAAGAAGUCUGCUAAAAAAUCCAAAGAAUCCUUAAAGAAGCAAGCUGAACAGAUUGUUCAAUCCAAUAUAAUGAAAGUUGAGGAAGAGGUGGAUGAUGAAGAAUCAAAGGAGAAUGACGAUGGUCCUAAAUUCAAAUAUAUCCAAGUUGAGCCAGAAACAUUUGGUUUGACCCAGAAAGAAAUCUUGCUUGCCGAUGAUAAAGAUUUGAAUGAAUUUAUUGGUUUGAAAAAGUUGGCACCAUACAGAGAUCCUAACCAUGUAGCAAAGGACAGAAGAAAGGUUUCUAAAAAGAGAAGAUUGAGAGAUUGGAGAAAGCAGGUAUUCGAUAAUGAAGAAGGUUUGCAAUGA